CGGCAACUGCCUUCCCCCUGUUUCCCCCCCUAUUCCCCACUUUUCGUGAAUACCCUCAUAAUCGCCAUGCCCAUUGAGGUAGAGCGAUCACUUGAGCUUCAUCGUCAGCGUCUUGAGGCUUCGCUGGAGAAGCUGAGGAAGGCACUUAGGCACUGGCAGAUUUCCUCUGCCGAGUAUGAGGCAUUGAGGGAGGAACUACAGGUGCUACCUGGUGAUGCUACGCGUGAGGAUAUGUUGAAAGUUGGGAGUGGGUUUGGUGGGACUGUGGUUGAUGAGGAAGAUGUGAAAGCACUUCUGGGAGAUAACGUUGGCAUAAGGAGGACAGUUGAUCAAGCUAUCGCAGCAGUGGGUCACAGAAUCAAUUAUGUUCAGGAAAAUGUGGAUAAGGUUCAGAAACAAAUCGAUCAAGGCGAAACUGAACUGGCCCCCCUCCUCGUUGUUAAUGAGCCAGAUCUUAAAGCAGAAGACGGCUUACCAAUUAUGGAUAUUCGUGAAGAAUUAGAUGAGGAUGGGAACAUUAUCAAUACUACUAUCAGCGGAGCCGACCCCAGCUCGGCGAAGGCUUUGGAUACUACACCACUUGAACAGCUACAGAAGAUGGUCGGAACGGAUGAAGAUGCAAAGGAACAGAAGCUUCCUGUUGAAGCUUCAGAGGAAACCUCAGAAAAUAAGCCAGCCGAGGCGUCUAAACCCUCCCCCCAGGUGCCAUCCCCAAGUGCGCGAAAGAGUGAUAAAACCCCAGCGAAGGGCGAGCUAGAUGGCGUUAAAACCAUAUCUCCUAAAGAUGAAGAGGGUGGUGGCUUUGUUAGAGUUCUCGACGAUCCAGUUCUGAAUGAGGAAGACUUCGUAAAGGAAGUACCGACAGAUUCACCUGAGGAGGCCGAGAUGAGAAAACAGAUGCUCAACUAUAACUUGCAAGAAAUUGGGGCUGUAGUGGCGGAAAUCAACCUUGAGGACGAGGGGAUAUAUUAUGGGCAUGAAGGCGACUCAAAUGAAGAGACAGAUGAGCUGGAUUCUGAGGAUGAAGACCGCUAUGGACGCACUGCUACCCGGGUCAUCACUCUCGAAUAUCAGAAGGAAAUGGAGGACUUGGCCCGCAAGAUUAAGGAACGUGGAGUAGUGGCAAGGGCCGCAGAGGCCAAGUUGCGGGAGGAAGAGAGUCAACGGAGGAAGGAUGAAGCAAAAACCCGAAAACCGAAGAAGAAGAAAGGUGUCCGGUUCGCCACUGAGCCAGAGAUAUCUACGGCACCGCCACCCAUGCCUGACUUCCCGGCACCACCGUCAGCUCAUAACACGGAAGAUGCUCUUCCACUAUUGGUUGAUCUGCUUGUUAUGGAUGCCAUGCGGAGAAGCGGGACGGUCCCCGGGAACACAGCUCCUGUAAAAGAGAAGGGACCCAGCAUCUUCAAAAGUGAGAAGACUAAAGUGCAGAAUAAAAAAAUUGAAGAGACCCCUGAACGGGUGGUUCCUACAUCAGUCAUUAGCUUAGAUGUCAUGGAACGUUCUGCAGAUGACGGGCCGACCUCACUUGAGCCUCCUGCGUCGAAAUCACGGAAGGUUUCACGGUUCAAGGCGGCAAUGGCUAUUCCCCAGGACGAUGAUGUUGACAAUGAUGCUUCGCCUCCUAAAACCAGUACGAAUGGCUCCGUUAUUGAGCGAGAAGUGUCUGAAUCUGCUCCUGUUCAGCCACCUGAUGAAUUAAAUCCUCUUACUCACAGGUCUGAGGUUGCAGUUGAGUAUCACAGAUUAAGGAAUAAGAUGAUACAGCAGCAGGGUGUAUUUGUCGGGAGUGGGGAAGAGAUGGCGAAAGUGCUAUUGGACGAUAAUGGAGAAACCCAGAAAGUUAGCCGAUUCAAAGCGGCAAGAAUGAAGGGAUUGCUUCCAUCAUAGGAAUAGCUUAGAGGGAGAUAUUAGCAAGCUCAAUAAUACUUACAUCUCAUAUCG